UGAAAACAACAUACUUCGAAUGAAAUCAGACCUGCGUUGUGCAGUGCAGUGUAGUGAGUGAGGAAUGUUGCGUAUUGCUCCGAGAUUCUUCGCCGCGGUUCCUCUUAGGACCAUUUCACCCUUUUCCUCUCGCUUCUCAGUGCGUUCCAUAGCUGAUUCUGCUCCUUUCAACAAAAUCCGCAUUCGGAGGGAUGACACUGCAUUUGAUGCCUAUAUUGUUGGCAAAAGCGAUGCUCCUGGAAUUGUUGUGCUUCAGGAGUGGUGGGGUGUGGAUUUUGAAAUUAAAAAUCAUGCUGUGAUGAUUUCUCAACUUGGUCGUGGAUUUAAAGCUCUUAUUCCAGAUCUGUACAGAGGAAAGGUUGGUCUUGAUGUUGCAGAAGCACAACAUUUGUUUGAUGGUCUUGAUUGGCAAGGUGCUGUUAAGGAUAUCCAUGCUUCAGUUAACUGGCUUAAAGCAAAUGGUUCAAAGAAGGCUGGUGUUACUGGAUUUUGUAUGGGGGGUGCUCUUGCCAUUGCAAGCUCUGUCGUAGUUCCAAAUGUUGAUGCAGUUGUAGCUUUCUAUGGAGUUCCUUCCUCUGAACUUGCAGACCCUGCCCAAGCCAAGGCUCCUAUUCAGGCACACUUUGGAGAGCUGGAUGAUUUUGUUGGCUUUUCAGAUGUUACGGCUGCCAAGGCCUUGGAGGAGAGGCUGAAAGCAUCUGGAGUUCCACAUGAGGUACACAUAUAUCCUGGCAACAGACAUGCAUUCAUGAACAGGUCUCCAGAAGGGAUCAAGAGAAGGAAGAGCAUGGGAAUGCCCGACGAAGAUGAAGCCGCUGUUCAGCUGGCCUGGUCUCGCUUCAAGUCAUGGAUGACACAUUACUUAACUGUCUAGAUAGUUAAUUAGUACUGGUUGAUUUCCUAGUAAACUUCUGUACCCUUUAUCUUAGGUAGUGAUUUAGUAUAACCAUAAUGGUGCCAUAAACUCAAACUAUGGUUCUUGUUACUCUUGGCUUGUUUCCUCAUGAGUGUAUACACCUUUGAGGCUUUGAGAAAUUUGACUAGGAAGUAGGGAAUAAUUUUGAAACGGUUCUGGUCAUUCUGUAAUAAGUAAAUGUGGUCUUUGGUUGUUGUUGGUGUCAUUGUUUCUCUUUAUUUUAUGGUCUCUAUUUUCUGUGGUUUUUAUGC